AUGACAAUCGAAGAAGCAAAAACAUCAGUAGCAUUUAUUUGUUUGGGCAACUUCUGUAGAUCACCUAUGGCCGAAGCCAUUUUCAAACAUGAAGUGGAAAAGGCUGAUUUGGGAAAUCGAUUUGAUAAGAUUGAUUCCUUUGGCACUUCCAAUUAUCAUGUUGGAGAAACUCCUGACCAUCGUACGGUAUCCAUUUGCAAACAACAUGGCGUCAGGAUCAACCAUAAGGGGAAACAAAUAAAGACUAAACAUUUCAAUGAAUAUGACUAUAUAAUUGGUAUGGACGAGUCCAACAUCAGCAACUUGAAAAAAAUACAACCAAAGGGGUCUAAAGCUAAGGUCUGUCUUUUUGGUGACUGGAACACUAGUGAUGGAACUGUACAGACUAUUAUAGAGGAUCCUUGGUAUGGUGACAUACAAGAUUUCGAGUAUAACUUCAAGCAAAUUACCUAUUUUUCCAAACAGUUCCUAGAAAAAGAGUUAUAA